GGGGUCGUGCCGGCCGCCGGCACAGCGGCCGCUCGUGAUGCCGCUGGAGAGGAGGUCGGCGAGGACUUUGGCUUCCCGCUCCCGCCCUAUCCGGUGCAGCUUGCCUUCAUGGGGCAGGUCUACCGCUCCCUGGAGAGCGGCGGCGUGGGCAUAUUGGAGAGCCCCACGGGCACCGGCAAGACGCUGUCCUUGCUCUGCCCCGCGCUGGCCUGGAUGCGCCGGCGCGAGCGCGACCUCCUGGCAGAUGCGCUGGUGCCUGACGACGACGAGGGCACGGUCGAGGACUGGGCUCGCGCGCACCGCCGCGCCUCGGCGGCAACGGUGGCUGCGGCCCACUGGAGGCGGCGCGGCAUGCGGCGCGAAGAGCGGCGCCUUCGGACGCAGCGCUCGGCGGCGCUGGUGGACACCGGCCACCGCGACAAGGCGAGGCGGAUCACACCCUCGCCGCACCAGAUGCCGCCACCCCUGAGCGGCGGAGGCGAUGAGUUCUCCCUGGAGCGCCCACCGCGGCUGACGAUGCCAGAGGACCUGGACCUGCCCGACCCAGAAGGGCGGGUGAUGGAUGCGGCAUUCGACUACAAGUUGCAGAUUAUAUUCUGCAGCCGCACGCACACCCAAUUGGCUCAGGUGCUGAAGGAGAUCUCGCGCAUCCAGAAGGUUGCCCUUCCAGAGAACCUGUCCGUGGUCACUCUGGGGUCGAGAACAAACUUGUGCGUGAACGAGACUGUGCGGACCAAGGCACGGGGCAACCCGGCGCAUCUCCGAGACUUGUGCAGGGUCGCGACCGACAAGGGGGAGAAGGUGCAGGGAGGUUGCGGCUUGAAGAAGCGGGCGGAGUCCAUGGCGGACGCUUGUCUGACAGAUCUGCUGGACAUCGAAGCCAUGACGCAGCGGGGCCGUCUGGCCGUCGGCGGUGGUUGCCCGUACUAUGGCUCCCGCCAGGCCGUGCGCGAGGCAGAUGUCCUCCUGGUGCCCCACGCGUCGAUCGUGAACGCCCAAACACGGCGUAAGUUGGGCAUCCGAGUGGAGGGGAACGUGCUCAUCGUCGAUGAAGCACACAAUUUGUUAGAGGGGAUUCCGAAGGCCCGCGCCGCGACGGAUGACCUCGAGGCCUACGCAUCGAAGUACGAGGCUCGGCUGGCGGCCGAAAACGCCAUGAGGCUGCGGCAACUGCGGCAGCUAUGUCUACGACUUCACCGGCACCUGGGGGCGCUGAAGACGUCGAGUGCGUAUACAGUGGGAGGGUUCCUUCUCGAGGUGGGCGCCGACAACUUCGAUCUGCCAGACCUGAACCGUUUUCUCGAGAACACAGAACUUGCCCGAAAAGUCCGCGGGUAUGGUGAGGCGAUACGCGUGGGCGGGGCGCAGCGACCAGGGGCUGCCAGCUCCAUCUAUGGCGUAGCGGAGUUGUUGGCAGCGUUGUUGGGCUCCACCUCCAACGACCGCAUUCUCUGCCAGAUGCCCGAAGCGGAGGGCGAGACCGCCUGCAUCCGCUACCUGAGCUUGGACACGGAGGCGCGCUUCCGCGAGCUCGUGGCCUCCGCGCGAGCAGUCGUUUUCGCAGGCGGCACGUUGGAACCCCGAGCGGAGUUUGCGCCCCUGUGUGCCGGCCUCGGGGCAGUCGACAAGAGUGAGAGGUUCGUGAGCAAUUUCUCGGGGAAGCACGUGGUCCCUGAAGACCACAUCUUCGCCCGCUACGUGACCCACGGACCAGGCGGCCGCGCGCUCGACUUCCGCAGGGAUGCGCGCGGUAGCCGUGAGCAGAUGGACGAGCUAAAGUCCAUCCUCGCGUCCGUUUCGGCAGCCACGCCUGGUGGUGUAAUCUUCUUCUUCCCUUCGUUCGACUACCUCGGGGUCAUGGCCCCGCCCGCGGGGGUCAGGAUCGGCGGCAGGCCUGUCUUCGUAGAGAGCCGGGGCCACAGGUGUGCUGGUGCCAGCAGCGGCCCGCCAGAGGACACGUUGCAGGCGUUCUCGGCGGCUGUGCGGCGGGAGGGGAGUGCCGUGCUCCUGGCGGUGUGCGGCGCGAAGCUGAGCGAGGGCAUCGACUUCAGAGACGACCUCUGCAGACUCGUGGCUGUGGUCGGGCUGCCCUAUCCCAACGCGAGUGAUUUGGGUCUCUUGGAGAAGAUGAAGUUCUUGGACGGCUGCCGUGCGCGUGGCGCAGCGGGUCUGAGCGGCAAGGAGUUCUACGCCGCGCGGUGCAUGAAGAGCGUGAACCAGUGCGUUGGCCGCAGCAUACGUCACUCCAGAGACUGGGCCGCGGUUCUCCUCCUCGACCAUCGCUACGCGCACGCCCACAUUCACGGGGCGGUGUCCCAGUGGUUGCGCGAGCGAGGCUCCGCGGGUCGCUUUCAGGAGGUCGCCGGCGAGCUCUCCAAGUUCUUCGCCGAGCGCAAGCGAUCUUCUUCCGCAGCGUAA